GUCCGGGGUUCUGUUUGUGAUGUUCUUGAUGCUCUUGCCAGAAAUGAUUCAUCAUUACUUAAUUUGGCAAAACUUCUUCGUGAACUGAAUGCAACCUCUGCUUCAGAGAUGGGUGAUCUUGAUUAUGAUACUAUUAUUUCUGCUUAUGGAAAGUUGAAUGUAGUUUUCUUCCAUAAUGUUGAAGAAGAACAUGCAUUAAUUAUUUUGUCAAAUUCUAUACGUGACAUGUCAUCUGAAGAUUUGAUUCUCAGGCAGAGUGCAUUUAGAUUGUUGUCAUCAUUUGUUGAAUAUUCUGGUCAAAUUCUUGAACAAGAAAUGAAACCUGAACAAGGGUGUUCUGGAUCCUGGGUUAUGUACAUAAUAAACAACUUUCUCUUAAAGCACAUGGGAAAUGCAAUGAGAAAAGAAGGCGCAGCUCAAAAGCUAUGGAUUGGUCUACUGCGUGAAAUGGUUUUGAAGCUUCACAAGAUGGUGGAAUUCAAAACAUAUCUCGUUUUGGCAAUGUUGUCAGAUGUUUCCGUGAGAUGA